AUGACAGAGGACAAUUGUUUCGUUUAUGCUUGCAUUCAGGCUGGAGUAGAUGAAGAAACUAUUGACCACAUGAGAGAAGUCAUUCGUGUUAGAGACUUUCCUCAAAGUAAAGUACAAGAAAUUUCUGACGCAACAGGUAUAGCAUUUAAUGUUACCAUUGGUUAUUUCAAUGACUCAAGACAUAAUGAAAUAAAGAGAUACAUACCAAAAGAAUGUGAAACUGUUAGAACUAUUGACUUACUUCUUGUUGAAGACCACUACAUGCUAAACGAAAGAUUACCAAUGACAACAUAUUUCGUCAGAAAUUACAAAGAAAUUCUCAAAGCUUGUGGUGGAAUGAACAUUGAGAAACAAAUGAAGAUUUAUACAAAGAGAGAA